AUGUCUAUCCCUAUUCGUUCUGCCCGUGCGCUUGACGUAUCCUCAGCUGGAUCUUCUGCUGGAAUAGGCCACUCAUGUGACUGUUCAGCAUCGUCGAACGAUGAUACUAGCCAUAGACAACACUCAUCCAACAACCCCGCUGCACGUCAAGAUGACACUUUCCCAGGGGGUUACAGCACCAAGGGCAUCGAUAUCAGCCCCACCCCCGCAGUUUCUAGUGAACAUGAGAAGUGGGUUCAGAAACACUGUCUCAAACGCCUAGACGAAGGUAGCCUUGACCCCUCCGAGGGGAUAUUCGAUAAUCUUCCGUAUUCAAGGAUCGAGGCACAUCUAUUCUACGAAGAUACAGCAUGCUUGCCACACGCCUGGAGCCAGAAAUACGAAAAUACCAACAACCCAAUGAAAACCAAUCUCAUACCGUUGAAAGAGAAUGAUAUCGAAGCUGGUUUGAAAAGAUGUACGAUCUCUGAGGAAUAUACAACCGAGAAAGGUUCAAGGGGAUUGUUAUUGAAGUUAAGUGAAUUUGAAGAACCGAAUCCUAAAACGAAUUUUACAAAGAAUGAGAAUUGUAAUUUAUUUCCUGGCACGAAAAUUCAACAUAGUUUCUUGAAACGAAAACCAACUAUCACCUCACACACAGAGAGAAACGAAGAGGGGGAAGGAUGGAUCGACCCAUCUAAAUUUUACUUACGUACCCUGCUAGACCCGUUCAUCCGUGUUAACCAUUCUUCCCAGUACGAUUCUCACGUCGAAUAUACUAUCAGACCGGGAAUGCACGGUAUAUACACCGAUCCAGCAAGUUAUGGUGGACUAUGUCCGAAACACCAACAAUGUAUAAUGAGAGCCUUGAAAGAUUCCCGACCGUAUAUCUCCAGAUCCGGAGAUGUGUAUUUGGAAUUGGCUAGAGCUACUUGGAAAACUGCUAAGAUGAUUUCCUCCAUUUCUAAUCUCAGUGAGCAAGAGCAAGAUGAAUAUCUGAAUAGUUAUAUUGACAAAUUUGGAGACUACGGCACUGCUCCCUUGUACGGUACUCCGCACGAUUAUGCGGACGACGAUAGACCUAAUGCAGAUAAAGGGAAACAUCGUAUGAGUACUCAAGGGGGGGUUGUGGUGAUUGAUAAUCCCAACAACGAGAUCAUACCUCAAUUCUCUGUUUCAUGGGCUAAAUUGAGAGAUUAUCAAGAUCGAAAGAAAGAAUCUGCAAACAAGAUGAGGUUAACCAAUGGAGAUAAAGACACAAGAUUCGAUGUUCAAGAUACUUAUCAGGAUUUCAAUACUUCUCGAUGGGGAAAGACGUCUACUCGAGAAAUCGUAUGUGGAAGAGAACCUUACAAGCGAGAUAGGAUGAACCGAUUCCAGAGCCAUAAGAAUAUGCAGAAUCCCUCAAGUGGAAAAUGGGACACUCCGUUACCAUUUCAUCUGCUGAGCUUCAUCGUUUCCGAACCAGAUGACGAGAAUCACGUCAGAUCAGUAUCAAAUGCUUGUGAUAAGGUUGAGAACUCAGAUGGAGAGCACGACGAAGAUGCCUCUCACCCUCAAACCCAGGGGCAAGCUGAGCACGACACUGAUUGCUCCGAUGGAUCCUCUUCUGAUCAAGGUGAUUUCUAUGAUGACGACGAGCCACGCCCCGAUACUCAUGUACAAGACGAGAUGGUGGAGACCAAGAAGAAAGCAAGGAGGGCUUGGCGAGGAUACCGUAGGAUGAUAGCCUGGGAUAAUAAGCUAAGAUUGAAAGGAGCAGUAAAACCAGCGCAGAGUUGGUCAUCUGGCGCUUGGAUGACUUAA